AUGGAGGCCCUAACCACCCUGCGCAUUACGACUAUGAACAAUACCCCCAGCAAUAGCGCCAUUUUUAGUGACGUUGAGGUAUUUCGUGCAAUCGCUGUAAUGGCUGCAGUCAUCGUGAUUGGGAGCAUCGGCAAUACCCUUGUGAUCUCGGUGCUUUGCCUUAAGAACUGCUCCACCAACAACCGAUGGAACCAGUACCGACGUCGAAAUCAGUCUAGCAUCUCUGAAAAUAGCGAAACGGGUGCUUUUGGUCGAGACAAAACUUUGGACUUUUUUAUCCUUGUUUUGGCUGUCUCGGAUCUCCUAGUCUGCAUCAUCAUCAUCCCAGCCACCAUCACAAUGGAGAUUAAUCAAUUUCGUAUCAGUAUCGAUGGUCUCUGCAAGCUCUUCUACGUCCUAUUCGUUACUAACACCACAUUCUCCUCCCUGAUCAUCUCCGCAGUGGCACUUGAUCGGUAUCUCUUUAUUUGUCACUCACUGAAGCAUAUUCUCACCCUAAUUCGAGCAAAGAUUCUCGUCUCCACUCUGGCUUUAUUUUCUCUCUGCGUCGGCAUUGCUGCAGGUUGUGUGGUGGGCGUCAAGGCUUUGCAUCCCAAUACAACAGAAGACAACGCACAAACCACCUACAUUUGCGAGGAGAAUGAGUAUGUACGAGGGAUUAGUGAGCUACAAAAAACUGUUUCACAAAUCAUCAAGUACCUUAAUCACGCUUGCUAUCUAGCUUGCAUUCUCAUAGUUCUCAUUCUCUACUCUUGUGUCUUCUGGGCCAUUGUUACUUCACGAUCUCGUAGUCAGAGGCUCACCGUGUCCUCUCAGACAGCGCGACAAAAUGGUCGCGAUUCUGCAUAUCCGGAGGAAUCCACUGCUAAUUCAAGACUAUCUCGACAACGGAUGGCCAACUUGCCGUCCAAGUUGCGACAGAAGGCCCAGUACACGUUACAGAAUCUCCGCUCUGCACUCAUGCUCUUUAUCAUUGCCCUUGUCUACAUUUUAACCUUCGUGCCCUCUCUGGUGAUAGCAAACGGCUGGGCGCCACAGAAUCUAGUGCUUCUCUACCUUUACUACGUCAACAGCGCCGCCAACCCCUGCAUCUAUGCCAUCUUCACACCCUCCUUUCGUCGGAUAGUCGCUAUCCUUAUCCGCAACUGCUUCUGCAGGAGCAGCAGCACGCAUCCUCCCACCAGUGGUAGAAGUUUAGAACACUCGCACCCCAUUGUUCCCAUUAGCAUUGGUGUCACACAUGCCAGCAAUCGAGGCUUCAACCGGAUAGGCAAGAAGAAACGAGCAAUUGAGGAGGCUUAUCCAUUUAUCUCGAGAGAGGAGCGAAUGGCUGCAGCUGCGGCCGCUACUGCCGCCGCAACAGCGGUUACUUCAACAUCUGCGGUGUCAUGUUCCAAGCCCAAUGUCGAUGCAAGUGAUUUAUAA